CCGCUGUCAUUCUCUCCUUAGUACGAAUGCGUCAUCUUCUAGACACUAUGAGCUUCCUGUCCCGGAAGAUUAGCCGACAACCGGACUCCCAUCUCAUGAUUUCUCCGGUGUAGGCUCAAAUGGCCACGCGUCAGUGCUGUACACUCAAAAAGGACACAGUCUCGCUCGUCUGAACAUCCCUGACAUACAGAAGAACGGUCAUAUCGUCAUACCACAGGAUGGCUACUUUGUCGCAAUCCUUCUCCGCGACCAGCGCAAGCACCGCGGUGAUCGUGCCCCUCAAGCCGACGCCAUUGACGGUAUCCUACCAACAGCUUCAUUCCCAUGUUGCAGCGUUCCAGGAGAAGCUGGCCAAACUUGGAAUUGGCCAUGGGGCGGCCGUCUCCCUAGUGUUCGUGAACUCGUACGAAUUCAUUGUCACGUUUCUGGCGGCAUCGUGGCAGCGUGCCAUUGCAGCUCCUCUGAAUCCAGGAUACAAGCAGGAGGAAUUCGAAUUCUACAUCGAUGAUCUCAACUCGGCACUUGCCCUUGUACCUAAGGGCUCCUUUGCGGCCAAUGUUCCUGCAGUUAGGGCUGCCAGGAAGUACAAUGCUGCGAUUGCGGAAUGCUACUGGGAUGGCAAGGAGGUCGUGUUGGAUGUCAAGGAAUUGGGGAAGUUGGCUGGCAAAGGCAACGGCAAGGUCGGAAAGGCUCAGCCGGAUGAUAUUGCUCUCGUUUUGCAUACCAGCGGGACGACUGGCAGGCCCAAAGCUGUCCCUCUCACUCACCAGAACUUAACCACAACCAUGAAAAACAUCCAGAAUACCUACCAAUUGACGCCCUCAGACCGCACGUAUCUGGUGAUGCCUUUGUUCCAUGUUCAUGGUUUGCUUGCGGGCUUCCUCGCACCGCUCUUCUCUGGAGGAUCGGUGGUCGUACCCCCGCGAUUCUCAGCACACGAGUUCUGGUCUGACUUCAUAACCCACAAAGCAAACUGGUACACGGCCGUCCCAACCAUCCAUCAGAUUCUGCUGAAGUCUCCCAUCCCGAACCCCGUGCCAAGCAUAAGGUUCAUUCGCUCAUGCUCCUCCCCUUUAUCCCCUAAAACAUUCCAAGACAUAGAACAUACCUUCAAGGCCCCUGUUCUGGAGGCAUAUGCUAUGACCGAGGCAUCGCACCAAAUGACCAGCAACCCCCUCUCCCCGGCCAAACGAAAACCAGGCAGCGUUGGCCUCGGACAGGGCGUCGAAGUGAAGAUCCUCGAUCAAAAUGGCAACGAAGUCCCCCAGGGCCAGGAGGCGGAGAUCUGUGUCCGCGGCCAAAACGUGACAAAGGGCUACCUGAAUAACCCUGCGGCCAACGCAUCAUCCUUCACAAAGGAUGGCUUCUUCCGCACAGGAGACCAGGGCAAGAAGGACGAAGACGGCUAUGUCAUUAUCACGGGACGUAUCAAGGAACUCAUCAACAAGGGCGGAGAGAAAAUCAGCCCGAUCGAACUGGACAAUACCCUCCUCCAGUAUCCCAAGGCAGGUGAGGCAGUGAGCUUCGCUAUCCCUGACCCGGGCCACUAUGGAGAGGACAUUGGGGUCGCUGUCGUCCCGAAGAGCGGACAAACCGUCUCCGAGGAAGAGCUGAAGGCUUUUGUAGGAUCAAGACUGGUUAAGUUCAAGGUCCCGAAGAAGGUCUGGAUCGUCUCGCAGAUCCCAAAGACUGCAACUGGCAAGAUUCAGCGGCGGAAAGUCGCGGAGGCAAUGCUGAAGGAGGAACCAAAGGCGAAGCUGUAAUUCAGUAUUACGAUAUAUAUAUUAACGAGGUGUGCACAACAUGUGCACACCCAUGCAUAUAUUGUAGCUAUCGACGCUGCUAUAUGAAAUGAGACCACAAGUAGAGCUAUCUACAGAAAUCUAACUUCGUUAUGUAACCCUAUAGUUACC